CGCGCGGUCAAGGUGGCGCGGCUGCCCGUCUUCCUGUACGCGCCGCGCGUCAGCCGCACGCUCGUGGUGGACGACGGGAAGCAGCUGACCAUCGGCUCCUGUGUGGAUUGUAAGGCCGUGGUGCUGGCCGGCCAGAACAUGAAGCCCGACGGAGACAGGAUGGAGAGAGGCGGGGCUCCGACACACGCCAAUCAUAAGAGCUCUGUGUUGGAUGACGUGUCGGCCAGCAACAAGGAGGUGGAGUCCGAUCAGACAAAGUCCGCAGUAGGGGAGGUGGCAGAGCAAUGCACCGCCCCAACGUCUGACCCUAGGGACGAACCGGCCUCUUCGCACCCUAUCGGCCAGAAGACAGAGCGAUCCGACUGCCCGUCCUCAAGCAUGAGCCAUGAGCCAAAGUCACCUUCCUUAGGAAUGAUCUCGACGGCAACGCGCACCACGGCAACGGUCAGCCCCUUGACUCCGUCGCCCCUCAACGGCUCCAUCGUGCCCAAUGGCAGUCCGGCCGCCCAGUCGGCCCACUCCGGAUUCGCCGCAGCCCUCCGCAAGCUGGCCAAGCAGGCCGAGGAGCCCAGAGCGGGCUCCUCCAUCAGCAGUGAGUCUUCUCCAGUCUCACCCCCAGCCACUAAUCACAGUUUCACUGUGAGACGCUGGGCUGAGGUCCUAGGAUCAAUAUCAGCUGGCCAGGGCGGCCACAGCAAGUGUCUAACAUCCUUACCCUGGUCACCACAUCACUACACCAAGACGGUCAACGGCCUCUGGAGGAGUGAUAGUCGACAGACUGAGUCAGGGCCCCGGGGGUCCAGCAGGGACCGACUGAGUUCCGAGGCCUCUCUCCCACAGGAGAAAGGGGGGCCCUCCGUGCCAGCGCACCUCAUGGGAAGCCCCUACGCCUUCGGCCUCACGCCUGGAGCAGUCAUGACCGACUCUCGAUUCCAACCCCUCAACCUGCCCAGGCAGAUGCCCCACGGAGUGCCCCCUGGUGGAGUUCCUGAGGAGUACUUGCGGGGCUUCCGGCCCUACGCCACGGCUGAAGACCUGCGAAUGCCCUCGCUGCCCCUCGGGCUGGACCCGGCCACUGCGGCCGCCGCUGCUGCCUACUACCACCCCGGUUACCUGCCACACCCUUCCUUCAACCCGUACAGGAUGGAUGAUCCGUUCUGCCUGUCGGCUCUGAGGUCGCCAUUCUACCAGUUGCCAGGGGGGGGAGCCCUUCCUCCACUGCACCCCUCAGCAGUCCCCUUACACCUGCCAGGGGUGCGUUACCCAGGCGACCUGUCCCACCCUUCGCUAUCCAGUCUGCAGUCUGAACGCCUGUCAGAAAGACUCCAGAUGGAGGACGAAGCUCUGAGGAGGGAACGGAGGCCUUGGCCUUGAAGGGAGCUUGAGAAAAGAACCUUGAGAGCAGCCAGGAGAGAGAGAGCGAGAGGCCUUGAGAGGGAGCGGGAGAAGGAGAAGGAGAGGGAGCGAGAGAGGGAGCGAGAGAGGGAGAAGGAGAGAGUGGCGCGGGAGAGAGAGAAGGAGCUCCAGAUGUCCAAGGCCAUGGAGAGCCACUACCUCGCCGAGAUGCACGGGCUCAGGGGACAGCCUGAGGACCGAGCAAAGUCUGGAGAGAGACUCACCCCCAACAGAACCGAUAAAACCAAAGAGUCCCCUCUGGCCACACCUAAGCCCCUGCAGCCUGGACUGCACCCAUCCCUGGGAUCGGCCCAUCACGGCGUGCCCGGCUUGGUGCCGUCCCACGGCAUGUACCUGGGGCCUCCAGGGGCCCACGGGCCCGGCGUCCUGACGGCCGCCAUGAUGCUGCAGCAGCGCACCAACGAGGAGGAGCGCUGGCUGGCUCGCCAGAGGAAGCUAAGGCAAGAGAAAGAGGACAGACAGUACCAAGUGUCUGAGUUUCGUCAGCAGGUGCUGGACCAGCACCUGGACCUGGGGCGUGGUGGAGAGGGGGCAGAUAUGCGGAUAGAGGGACACAGAUCUUUGUCCAACCACCAUGAGUCUUCUGGUCGCGAUAGCCGCGACCUGCACCAUCACCUGGGCGCCCCUCCGCCCCUAAUCUCCCCGAAGCCCCAGCCUCGGGAGCACGGCCCCCCGCACCACCCGCCUCCCCCCACCACCCUCUGGAACCCGGCCGCCCUCAUCGAGAGCCCCUCGUCCGACUCCCGUCGCUCCAGUGCCUCAGCCCACUCCCACGAGCCGCCCGAGCUCAGCCGGCCCCACUUCGACAUCAGCCGGCUGGCCUCCUCCGGCCACCUGCCCCCGGGCUCCAGCAAUGGCGCCUCCAGCAAGGCCGAGAGGCUGGAGGACAGCGGUGGCGGUCAUCAUCGAGGUGGACGGAAGGACGGCCUGGACAGGUACCCGCACAUGCGGGGCCCGCUGACGGCCGCCGCCGGGGGGGGGGCCGUGUGCUUCCCGGAGCCGGGCGCCUACCUGGCCGAGCUGGAGAAGUCUACCCAGAGCUUCCUGAGCCAGCAGAGGGCGGCGGUGAGCCUCACCAGCCAGUACGGGGACCUCAGCGCCUCGCUCAAGGCCGCCGCCGCCAUCGCUGCCUCGGGGGGGCCCUACAAGGGCCUCCUGCAGGGGCCGCCUCCCCCGCGGCUCGGCCCGGAGCCGGCGCUCGUGUACGACGAGUUCCUGCAGCAGCACCGCAGGCCAGUCAGCAAACUGGACCUGGAGGAGAAGAGGAGGAGAGAGGCCCGGGAGAAAGGUUACUACUAUGAGCUGGACGACUCGUAUGAUGAGAGCGAUGAGGAGGAGGUGCGGGCUCACAUGCGGAGGGUGGCACAGCAGCCGCCCCUUAAACUGGACGAGUCCACAGAGAAAGUGGACUUCCUGCGCGUGUUCGGCCUGACCACGCUGUCGCGGCGCGACGAGCUGCUGCAGCAGAAGCGGCGGAAGCGAAGGCGGAUGCUCCGCGAGCGCAGCCCAUCGCCGCCGGCCGUGCAGAGCAAGCGGGUCGCGGGGGGCAGCAGCUCCCAUGCCGGUAGCCCCACCGCGCCGUCCGCCGCCACCACCCAGCUCAGCACGCGCUUCACCCCCGAGGAGAUGGACAGCACGCCCCAGCUGGAGGACAAGAUCCGCUUCCUCACCAUGUUCAGCCUGUCCCACGUCAGUCAGGAGCAGAGGAGAGAUAAUGAGCGUGUGGUGGAGCUCCUGCAAGCUAUCAAACAGAAGAGUGUGACCCUGGAUACGCUGCGACACAACUCCCAUCCACUGUGCAAGAGCCCCUCUGCCUAUCACUCUGACUCCACCUCCAGCCAGCCACCGGCCGAGUCCGAGGACGCUCACGGCGCCAGGCCCCCCAGCCCCUCCCUCGCUCCUGGGGGCCACGCCCUGCCAUGUGACCCCAGCACUGCCCUGGACCAGCAGCACAAGCACUCGGCAGACCCCCUGAGACCAAAGGACCCCAGCCUGUCCGCCGCGCUGCCUGACAAGGCCAGGGGCAGUGAGGGUCCAUCUGCCAAGAAGUCCUCCAGCCUGCUGAACAGCAUGCGGCCGCCACCGCACCCAAAGGACGGCCCCCCGGCCAGCCUUAACGGCAGGGUCAAGCCCUGGGAGAGCUUCACGGCAGAGGAGUUCGCCCAGCAGUUCCACGAGUCUGUGUUACAGUCUACCCAGAAGGCCCUGCAGAAGCACAAAGGGGGCGCCUCUGUGAUCUCUGAGCCCAACCACGCCCUGGACUCCUCAGUGCACUACAACAUUCCAGAGCUCCAGAGCGCUCCAGGCCGCUCCGCCUCUUCCUCCUCCCACCACCACCCUGGCCACCCCCACGUCCACGGCCACGGCCACCCACACAUGCACCCGCACGCUCACUCGCACCCUCAGCCCAACGGGCCGCACUGCCCCCUCCCGCCGCGCCCGGAGCUCGCCGGACCCCGCAACGAGCUCUCGGCCGACGAGGACUCCAACGACGAAGAGUAUGAGGAUGAGGACGAGGCUCCCACGCCCCGGUGGCAGGGCAUAGAGGCCAUCUUUGAAGCCUAUCAGGAAUACAUUGAAGAGCAAGGCAUUGAAAGGCAGGUCCUGCAGAGCCAGUGUAGGCGGCUGGAGGCCCAUCAUUAUAACCUCAGCCUGACGGCGGAGCAACUCUCCCACACCAUGGGGGAUCUGAUGGCCCAGAAGCAGAAGCUCGCGGCCGAGAGGGAGAAGCUACAGGCCGAGCUCGAGCACUUCAGGAAGUGCCUGUCCCUGCCACAGACCCACUGGUCCAGGGCUCACUUCAAGGGCUACCCCCCCAGGUGACACGGUUCCCCGGCCCCCGCGUACCCACCGCACCCCCCCUCCUACCGCCCCAACGCCACACUCCUGCCCUAAACCCUCUGACCUCCACCAACACAUGGCCCCCCAGGAUGGAGAUGGAGAGAAGUGGAGAGAGAGAGAGAAAGAGAAAGGCGGACCAAGGGGAGAUGGUGCGGAUUGGCCACACAGGAAAGGACUGAAGAGAAAGAGAGAGAGAGAGAGAGAGAGAGAGAGAGAGAAAGAGCCGUCUUAUGUUUGUGCAUGGGGAAAAAACGCCACUGACCAGCACCUAGGGGGUCAUGGUGAGCACGGAUGUAAAGUGAUCAAAACCGUGGAGUGAUCUGGCCACUUAAAAAUACACACACACACACACACACUCACACACAGACACUCGUGUAUGCUCUGGGGUAGUGGCUCUAUGUGAUGACGCUGUUUAUACCUCUGCUCCAGCUAUGGCACCUACCCUUUGGGUUUUCCCCUUUUGGACCUAAAACUGAGUACUAUGGGAGAAACUGAUCCAAAAUGGAGGCCCUAUUCCCAUGCCCAGCGUCAGCCCCAGCCAAUGCUACCCUGUUACACCAGGCCCAUCUCUGCCGCCCCCUGUUGGUCUAAACAAGCUUUCAACUGGAAAUGCACUUAACUUGUAUGAGAAAUCCUGAAGAACUACGAACUACCUGGAGGUACUGUGUAACAACAACAAAGGAACUCUUUUCAAAUUAGGGAAAGAACUUACCGGAAAAAAUAGAAAGAAAUGCACACUUUUUGGAAAGAAUAAAGGAAAUGUUUUAUUUCAAAGUACAAAAAUUGAGAAUAAAAUUUUAAAAAGGUGCUUCGGCCUUGUAUUGUAAAUAAUAUUAAAAACAAAAAAAAGAAUUUUGUAUGUUUUUAUUACUUUACUCAUUGUUGUUUGAGGAAAAAAAGAAAAGCCUGCCAUUUUUAUAUGUUAUAGCUUUUUGUUUUUCAUUUUGGGCAAAGAGAAACCCCUUGCUUUUAGUGUGUACUGCUGCUGGUCGGGAUAAAAGCAUUUUGCAGCGGAUCUCGGGGGGUGGGGGACAGAAGAAAAACAAAAUCAAAGAGAGGAUAUGCGAUGAGUGGACAUCUCGUCCCUUCUUGUCCCUGCCUGUACUGCGGAACCCUCUAGCCCCACUGACCCUUUCAGCUUCCUCUCUGCCCAGAAGGUGACUCUGGACCGUUAUAUACGUAGCUUCCUGUCUACUCUCUUUCACACACGAUUGGAUGAAUACCCUCCACCAUCCCCUCAGGCAUCGUCCAGUGGGUGGUUGUUUGGCGAAGCCUGUUCACCCAUUGCCACGCAUCCUUGCCCGAGACUUCUGGAACACCCCUGUGUUGUCAUGAGACUUUGUUUUCUUUGAGUUGUUCUUGUUCUUAAUUCGCCUUUUCGCCAGGGAGCAGCAUGUCUCCCCUCCCACCUGCACUGUUCAUGGUGACCUCCAUCCUCCAUUUUGUUUCAUUAUGUUUUAAGUGUGUGCACACGGAGGCACCUGGUUUGAGACUAGGUGGAGAGAUGUGUCUGUACACUCAAAAGUGCAUUGUUGUUUUCUUUUGGAUUUCUGUUAUGUUGAGGAGGCUGACCCCUGUCAAACGGUAGCCUGAUGGCACUUGAACAAGGAGCUUGAUAAACUGAUGUCCUGGCCUGAAAUGUACUAAGAUCCAAAGUAUGUCCUUUUUUAUUUGUUGAGUGAUACACAAAUAAGCACUGUAUCCCCCCCCAAUUGACCUGUUAAGUACCACUUGUCACCAUGUUUGCCAUAAAUGGAAAGUUGUGCCAAAUGCCCCACAAACAUACAGGACCAUAUUUCUGUGAGCAUUCAUAUCGAACUGGAGUGGAUCAUGUCCUUGUUUAUAUGAACAAAAUUAUGCCCAUAAAAUAUAUUGGGUAUAAUAUGCAUUGCCAGACAUCCUUUUAAAUGUAAUGCUAAAUUCUAACUGAACAGGAUGGCUUUCCCAGUUAUAGUGAUGCCUGUGGCUUCAUUAAGCUUUUGAUGGAUAAUUGCCAUUUAAAAAUGCCAUUUAGUCUUGAACAAAACCUGAUCUUCCAUGCGGAAACUAACUCAUAAAAAAGCAGAUGAUGGUGUCAAAAUUUGUCAUUGACACAAAAUGUAAGAUUGCCAUUUGGUUGAUGUACCAUAUCAAUUUGAGGGCUCCUUAUUUGCCAAGCCUCUCAUGUUGAUUUUGCAUGGCUUCAUCUCUGUAAGACCAUGCAUUCAUUGAAGCUAAAUUGUUAUCCCUGCCCUUCUAUGCCUGAGGAAAACAGAAUAAACACAAAGGCCUUAACGCAGUGCCAGGAACUUAGAUACAACAAUAAUCUCUCUGAGGGGAAAAGAAUAUUAUUUUGUAUGUUUUGGGGAAACACAUCAUAUUGUUUUUUGUACUAUUUUUCGUCAUGUUUUUUUUUUUUUUUUUUAUUAUUUUUGGUGAAAGAUGCCCACCACCACAAUCACAGAAUAAACCAUAUGUAUGCAUGCAGGCCUACAGCCUGGGCUUACCACCCCGGCUUGAUAGACAAAGACUCCUAGCCAGUACCACCCAAACCCCCAUGCCGAAAAAAAGUUUGGUAAUAUUCACAUAGGUAGCCAAGCACUCUGCCUCCAUAUUUUUGUGCAGUCGUACCCGCUUUGAACUGUGAGCAGGUCAUUAUGUCCGCUGGUUGGCAUGUCCCUCUGCCUAUAGAAGCCGUUGACUGUAGCACCUUGUCUGUUUCCAAUGCUGUUUCUCUCCCUCUACCUUAUUCAUAUUUUCAUACCAAACUCCCCCGUCAAGAAGGCUUAGAAGCAAGAGGACAGUGCUUGUCUCGUGUUCGGCUCCUCUCCCCCUACCGCCCACCCUCAUUGCCCAGCUGAUCCACAGCUGACCUUAAGGAGUAACACACCCCCCCCCCCCCUCUCCUCCCAUGUCAGUCAGUCAUCAUGAUUCCCUGAGGUACAGAGGAGUGCUAGGUUUGGAAGUGGUACCAUGUUUACAGACCCCCAAGGCUGGCCCUAGCAUCGACUGUCCUACCAUAGCCCAUGUUGUUCAGGUGGAGGCCAGGGUGUCCCCCUCCCCCCUCACACACGCACAUGCCCAACAGAGGAGGUCUAGAUGCUGUGAAAUCAUGAUUUUUUUUUUUUUUGUUAAUGUACUUGUUUGAAUUCAUUGUAAUGUAAUAUAUUAUUUGUUGAAUGUAGUAAUUAGGUAUUUAUGAAUAUAUUGCUGUAAUUUCAGACAAAAAAAUAAAAUAUUUGAAAAUGUAA